GACCUAUCAUGGUUUUCUGGGAAGGAUAUGUGAGCGACGAAGUGAUGGGCACGUUUGCCCCUAUUGUGCUUUAUUGGAUAUAUGCUGGAUUUUAUCAGUUGUUACCACCUUUGGACAAUUAUCGGUUACAUUCUAGAAGAGAAGAGGAAGAGAAGAAUUUGGUGCCACUCUUGGCCGUGGUGAAGGGUGUUUUACUUCAACAGCUUGUUCAGGCAACCGUGGCACUACUAUUGUUGACCUCAAAUGCAAAUGCAUCUGGGGUUACAGUGCAACCUUCUAUUCUGGUACAAGCUUUUCAGAUCGUCAUUGCUAUGUUUGUCAUGGAUACAUGGCAAUACUUUGUGCACCGCUACAUGCAUCAGAACAAAUUUUUAUAUCGUCAUAUCCACUCUCAACAUCACAAACUAGUUGUUCCUUAUGCAAUAGGUGCCCUGUAUAACCACCCUCUUGAGGGUCUUCUUCUCGACACUUUUGGUGGUGCCAUCUCGUAUCUAGUUUCUGGAAUGACUGCCAGAACAGCCAUCGUGUUCUUUUGCUUUGCUGUCAUUAAGACCGUGGAUGAUCAUUGUGGACUCUGGUUGCCAGGAAAUAUCUUCCACAUGUUUUUCCAGAACAAUACAGCUUAUCAUGAUAUCCACCAUCAACUACAAGGGCUGAAGUACAACUAUUCUCAACCAUUCUUUUCAAUAUGGGACAAAAUUCUCGGGACAUACAUGCCGUACAAUCUUGUAAAGCGAGCUGAAGGGGGUUUUACAGCAAAGGCACUGAAGAAGGACUAGUUUUAUUUGGCCAAACAAAAAAGAUGGACUAGUUUCAUGCAGUGAAAGUUGAUCAUGUGUUAUUGUCACUUCUGAAUUCUGAUGGGAACGAUCUUCCUUCCCUUACAGCUAGAUUUGCUGAUGGGGAAAGAUUCUGACCCAUCUCCAGGAGGCUUUCUAAUAGGCAUAUACUUGGUAUC